AUACAGACAGGAUCCACAAGGAAGAAGCAGCGAGUGCGGAGGCUCAGUCAGUCGCUUUUGUGUCCCGACCUGCCGUGCUGCUCUUUCUCUGCUCCAACCACUCACUCAUCAAGGCAAGAUGGAGGCCAUCAAGAAGAAGAUGCAGAUGCUGAAGCUGGAUAAGGAGAACGCCAUCGACCGAGCAGAGCAAGCUGAGGGCGACAAGAAAGGAGCAGAAGACAAAUGCAAACAGCUGGAGGAAGAGCUGCAGGGUCUGCAGAAGAAGCUGAAAGGAGUGGAGGAUGAGCUGGACAAAUACUCGGAGUCGUUGAAGGACGCCCAGGAGAAGCUGGAGCAGGCGGAGAAGAAGGCAACAGAUGCUGAGGCUGAGGUGGCAUCUCUGAACAGGCGCAUCCAGCUGGUGGAAGAGGAGUUGGACCGAGCUCAGGAGAGACUGGCUACUGCUUUACAGAAGCUGGAGGAGGCUGAGAAAGCAGCUGAUGAGAGUGAGAGAGGAAUGAAGGUCAUCGAGAACAGGGCAGGGAAAGAUGGGGAGAAAAUGGAGCUUCAAGAGAUGCAGCUAAAAGAAGCCAAACAUAUUGCUGAAGAGGCUGACCGCAAAUAUGAAGAGGUUGCACGUAAACUGGUCAUUCUUGAGGGCGAUCUGGAGCGUUCAGAGGAACGUGCUGAGGUGGCUGAGGCUAAAUCAGGUGAUCUUGAGGAAGAGUUGAAAAAUGUCACCAACAACUUGAAGUCAUUGGAGGCUCAAUCUGAAAAGUACUCACAAAAGGAGGACAAGUAUGAAGAAGAAAUUAAACUUCUGACCGACAAACUUAAAGAGGCUGAGACCCGAGCAGAGUUUGCGGAGCGGUCUGUGGCCAAGCUGGAGAAGACAAUUGACGACUUGGAAGAGAUGCUGGCCCAAGCCAAAGAAGAAAACCUGGACAUGCAUCAGGUGCUGGACCAAACCCUUCUGGAGCUCAACAAUCUGUAGAUGUUUGUGUAAAGUACAGCAGAUAGUACCGUUCAUGUAGUACAGUAGAUGUAAUACAGUAGAUGUAGUACAAGUUGAAAUCUCCAAGUCAACAUUUGACAUUCCAAUGUGUAUUUGAGUCACUUCUAUCCAACAACAUUCAUAUCUAAUGAAAAACUGUCCUUUUUAUAUACCGUAUUUUUCGGACUAUAAGUCGCAGUUUUUUUCAUAGUUUGGUCGGGCUCCUGUGCGACUUAUAUAUGUUUUUUUCCUUCUUUAUUAUGCAUUUUCGGCAGGUGCGACUUAUACUCCGGUGCGACUUAUACUCCAAAAAAUACGGUAUAUAU